UUUCUCUUUAGGACGAUAUACUGCACGUUAAACUGCGUUUAGAAUUACAAUUUUUAGCGCAAAAGGAUGGGAAGAGUUGCUGAGGUAGCGUUUUAAGGCGGAGCUCAGCAAACAAUCGUUUGGAUGUUCGUGCUGUGCAAAAUGGGGAGAAAACAGAAGCACAGCGAGAUACUACUGAAGAAAUCUGGCGACCAGACCAACAAACGAAGAGGAAAAGCAGAAGGCUAUGCUGUUUCUGCUUGUCUUUACUGCUGUUUGAUUAACCAUGAUGAAGACUGAACCCCCAUCUGCAGCCAGCGGCAGCACCAACACCACUCUCGUAGCAAGAAGCGCAUCUCCGCACAGGAACGCGUAUGAGGCUGGGAUCCAAUCUCUCAAGCCAGUCGCUGCUAAUGGAGAGGAUGGGAAAUCCCGAGCACUGGACCGGGGCCGCAGGUACGGCUCCAAUGUGCACCGCAUCAAAAAUAUGUUCAUGCAGAUGGGUUCUCCAGGGGAUGAAGAUGAUCCGUCAAAGCCCAAAGACUUAGACCAGGGGGUCCGACUGUCCCUCCCCAGAGCAAGCAGUCUGAAUGAGAAUGUGGAUCACAGUGCGCUGCUUAAACUCGGCGGGACUGUGUCAGAACGGGUCAGCCGAUUUGAUGGGAAGACCGAAGGUAGCAGCUCCAGAUCAGCCGCUGGAUACUCCAAGCUGCAGGAGACGCGGAAGAUAUUUGAACAGCGCCACCUGCAGGAGAAACAGGCGGCCACUAAUCGAAUCCUGUUAAAGAAAGAGCGCGCAUCAGGGUUCCAGGACAGCCGUCUGGACGUGGUAGUUCGCUUCAAUGGAAGCACAGAGUCAUUGGACAGGCUGGAUGCAGGCGACUGUCCCGCAGAUGCAGUGUCCCCUACGGUCAGCCAGCUGAGUGCAGUGUUUGAGCGAGCAGAUCAGCGCAACAGCCUUCCUCGUCCGUCCUCAACCUCGCCAUUGCCUUCUCAUGGGGCAAGCUCUACCUCAACCAAGGUGGAAGGUAACAGUUCCAAGACUGCCACCAAAAAGGCACGAAGCAUCCCUCCGACAGAGAAUAACGAGGCGAAAGACCAAGACGGUGCACCUGGAAGUCCGAAAAGCAGAACAAGCAGCCAACCUGAUGCAUCCAAUAGCAAACCAUCCGAGGAUACGGCUUCUGGCAAUACGGAUAAUAUAUCCAGGGCAGAGGAGAUCCCAAAUUCAUCUGGCCAUGAUUCCAGGCUAGGGGAGAAUUCAGAACCAGGCUCUCCAGAUCUAGGGAGCAGGCUGGUACAAGCGGAUGUCCACGCCUCUCUGGAAAACGGGGAGGCCACGAGCAGCCAUGAUCCCUCAGAACAAAGGGAGGAAACUGAACAGGCCUGUGCUGAGGAGGAAUCCCACCGAGAGGAUAUCUCAGAGGCAGACCUGGUGGAUAUCAGUGCAUACAGCGGGAUCGGGGAGGACUCCGGAGGCAGUCAGCUGGAUGACGAUGAGGAGGCUGAGGAUGAUGAUGCUUACGAGCCUGAAUCCAGCAGUUCAGAAAUCCCAGGACUGCCUGCAGAGGAUGAACCUCCACCCAGCAGGAAGAUUCGCUUCAGUGUAAACCCCAUCAAGGUUUUUACCACAUACUCCAAUGAGGACUAUGACAGACGCAAUGAUGAGGUGGACCCCAUGGCUGCUUCAGCUGAGUAUGAGCUGGAGAAGAGGGUGGAGAGACUGGAUCUGUUCCCAGUGGAACUGGAGAAAGAUAAAGACGGAUUGGGAAUCAGCAUCAUCGGGAUGGGUGCUGGCGCAGACAUGGGGCUGGAAAAACUGGGAAUCUUCGUAAAGACUGUGACGGAGGGAGGAGCUGCUCACCGAGAUGGAAGGAUCCAGGUGAAUGAUUUGAUCGUUGAGGUGGACGGGACCAGUCUGGUGGGUGUGACGCAGAAUUUCGCUGCAUCAGUCCUCAGGAACACCAGCGGCACCGUCAAGUUUGUGAUUGGCCGGGAAAAGCCAGGGGAACAGAGUGAAGUGGCCCAGCUGAUCCAGCAGACUCUGGAGCAGGAGAGGUGGCAGAGAGAGAUGAUGGAGCAGCGCUACAACCCCUACACGGAGGAGGAUGAAGAGACGGGUGAAUGUGCCACAGAUGAAGAGGAAGAGAUGAGCCCCAUGUUUCCUAAUGCCAUCGAGGUGUUUGAUCUGGCAGAGAAUGAAGAUAUGCUCUCUCCUGUGGAGAUGGACCCGGAGAAACUGGCUCACAAGUUUAAGGAGCUCCAGAUCAAACAUGCUGUGACUCAGGCUGAGAUCCAGCAGCUCAAGAGGAAGCUGGCUCACGCCGAGCAGGAUAAGCUGCGCUGGAGAAUGGAGAGGGCUCAGCUGGAGCAGACGGUGAGGGAGAAUAAGGAGCGCAUGGAGAAGUUGGAGGGUUAUUGGAUGGAGGCUCAGAGCUUGUGCCAGGCAGUGGACGAGCACCUGAAGGAGACGCAGACCCAAUACCAGGCACUGGAGCGCAAGUACAGCAAAGCCAAACGCCUCAUCAAAGAGUACCAGCAGAAAGAGAUUGAGUAUUUAAAGAAGGAGACAGCACAGCGCAGAGCACAAGAGGAGACUGAGGCCAGCCACAAGGUGGAGACAAAAAACCUCCAGGAGAAGAUUACUGACUUGGAGUCGAAGGUUGGCGCUCUGAAGAGUCUGGAGCCUUCGUAAGCCUUCCGCUGUGCGAAAUGAUGGAGAUCUGACGACAGAAACGCCUUGAACUUCACCCACUCUUCCCUCCAGCCACAUUCCCCCUCCAUGACCUGAAGAUUUCCAGGACACAUGAGGGGAUGUUCCCGGGGACAGAGACGGGACAAAACAAACACUGUACCAGACGCCCGAGGGACGUCUAGCCAUCAGGAGGCCCUUUUUUAUAGUCAUUUAGUCAUUUUCUCCUUGUUUCUUUAUAAGCGCCCUUACAGGUAUUCUAAACCUCUCUGCAGGAAUGUACAAACCUCUUCAUUCAUUACACGCUUGCAGGAGAAGAAGGAACGGAUGAGAUGGUGAGGCAGUGACUGACAAGAGGACUGUUUGUAUAUAUUCUGGCAUAUAUUUAAAUAUUAAAACCGCUUAAGCAAUGUGCUGGGGUGGGGGGUGCAGGGGUAAAGGGCUUUCCUUUUCACAUUCAGGCAAAUAAUACAGUGAAAAUUGUCCAUUUUGUGCAUGGUGAAGGAGAGGGGAUUUUUUCUUAGCUUAAGGACAGCAUUGGAAAACAGGGUGAGGAAAGUGGAAUCUCGACGUUUAGAGUUAGCAUUCAGGGGCUUCUCAUGUUUGUGUUCUGUGUAUGGUAAUGGAAACAUAGGAUGAAUAGGGGCUUAUGGGUAAAGAAACAUCACCAGUCCAGUGCUUGUGGUUAGUCGAUGCUCGUGUGCCUCGGUCAACCCUGUUACUCUGUAAGGUGACAGAGUAAGACUUGUGCAUCAAUCAGAAAUAUGGCCUUGUUUAUUGCUACCCAAAUCCUUUCGCCAGCCCUCUCUGUUUAAGCAGUGGGUUUACUCCAAUGCAUUGCUCUCCGGGGACCACGCUAAGUGCACUUGGACUGCACUACAGAGAGGCCUGGAGAAUGCUAACGUUUUAUGAUUUUCUUUGUCCUCAGUCCUGCUGGACGUGGAUUGAUCAGUAUUAUUUGUUAUAUACAAGGAUGUGGAAUCUCCUUCUAGUUGUGUUGUGGUGUUGGAAAGCAACACGGUCUCAUGGGAAAAUCUUAACUGUUGGCAUUUUUUUUGGCCAUUCAUUUAUAUGAAUUCAUACAAUCUCAUUUGUAUGUUUUCGUAUGAACUUCUAGAUUUUAAGUUAAUAUGAAAUUGCCAUCUUUAAGAUAGUUAGGCUUUCUUGUGAAAUAGAGUUGUUUUUGUGUUUGUUAGUUUGUUUGUUUUUUGUCUUGAAUGUUUUUACAUUUAAAAAAUUUGUAUUCCUGGGAAAACUGGAGUCUUAACAGCAGUUGAAUGAGUUUGAGGCUUUAAUUAUAAUCCGAUUUGUCAAAUCAAAUCCACAGAAAUGAGAAGUAAAAAUGUCCCAAAAAAGUUUAUGCGUUAAGUAUUUAAGGGCUUGUUCCACACAACAUGUUCCCAUGUCAGAAAAGUAUUGUUUUAAACCAUUACCUUUGGCUUUUUUAGGUGCUUUGUCUCUUGUUUCAAAUGGAGAAACCAUGUGAACAGCCUUUAGAAAUGGUUUAACAAAUUGCUUACAUAGACAUGCCGUAAAUUAACCAAAAAGAGAAUUAUUUGUUUUUCAGAUGCUGGAAAACUCUCAUUCGCAGCACAGUAUUGACAAUUCUUCCAUAUUUCCUCUGAAAGUAUUUACUUUUUCAGCUUUUACUUGGUGUAA